ACACACACACACACACACACACACACACACACACACACACACACACACACACACACACACACAGACAUACUGCAAACUCUCCACAGGAAACUCUGAGCCAUAAUGCGAAGGCACCUCAGAGCAGACGGGUGCAUUGCUCAAACCAAGUGGGAUACGGUGCGGCUUUGAUAGUGCGUUAAUUACUCAUGUGAUGUGAUACAGAUGUCUGGGGGCUUCAGCCGAAAGUUUGCCUGACGGUUUCCAAGGGGGCCAGGCAGACAUUUUAGAAGCGGGAUAUAUUGGGACAGUCUUUCAAUCAGUGGAAUCAAAGCGCUGAAUGUGCUCCAUAAUGGGCACCCCAGCUGUGCAUAUGUUGGUGCUAAUGGCCUGUAUGGCAGCCAGAGGAAUGUGCCAGACAAACAGAACUCAGGCAGAGGAUGACUCCCUCGUCCACUCCACUCGUCAGUCUCCGGGUCUCUACAGCACCGUCACCCCCAGCACAGGGCCCGGCCUCCACCUGGCGGUCGCGGUGCCUGAUGUUCAAGCUGUGGGAUCUGGAAAUGAAACAGUCGUAAAGAGGUCGAUGCGGCCUCCGAUGUGCCUCCACCCUACCUCCAUUAAUGACUAUUUUAAGUACAUAAACACCAUCAUUUCCAUUAUAGUGUUUGUGGUGGGCCUGGUGGGCAACGCCACCCUUCUGAGGAUUAUAUACCAGCACAAGUGCAUGAGGAACGGGCCGAACGCUCUCAUUGCCAGUCUGGCACUGGGGGAUCUUAUCUACAUAAUCAUCGUUAUACCCAUUACAUCAUACAAGCUCCUGGCAUCUCGGUUCCCUUUUCAAGACAGUGAUUUAGGCCUGUUUCUGUGUAAGCUGGUGCCCUUCCUGCAGAAAGCCUCUGUGGGCAUCACCGUUCUCAACCUGUGCGCCCUCAGCGUGGACAGGUACAGGGCGGUGGCCUCCUGGAGCAGAGUUCAGGGAGUGGGCAUCCCUCUGCUCACAGUCAUAGAGAUCUCGACUAUUUGGCUGCUGUCUCUCUUCCUUGCAAUACCGGAGGCUAUCGGUUUCAACAUGGUCGAUUUCACCUACAGGAACCAAACCAAACGCACCUGCAUGCUUGAAACAAAGACUGGCUUCAUGAUGUUCUAUCAGGAAGCAAAAGACUGGUGGAUGUUUGGCUUCUACUUCUGUGUGCCACUGAUCUGCACCGCUGUGUUUUACACUCUGAUGACCAGCGAGAUGCUCAACCGCAGGAACGGCAGCCUUCGGAUAGCCCUCAGUGAGCACCUCAAACAGAGAAGGGAGGUGGCCAAAGCUGUCUUCUGCCUCGUCCUUAUCUUUGCCCUCUGCUGGUUCCCACUGCACCUCAGCAGGAUCAUUAAGAAGGUGGUUUACCAACAGGAUAAGAAUACGCGCUGUGAGCUGCUCAGUUUCCUGUUGGUCCUGGACUACUUUGGUAUCAACCUUGCAACAAUCAACUCCUGCAUAAACCCUAUUAUCCUCUAUUUUGUCAGCAAGAAGUUUAAAAACUGCUUCAAGUCUUGCUUGUGCUGCUGGUGUUACUCUGACAACCAACUAAGCAGCACAGGACCCAUGAAUGGCACCAGUAUCCAGUGUAAAAGCCCCGAGCCCAACAACAUCCACACUGAUCGCAGCAUCAGGAAAUACAGCGAUUGAUCUCUCACCUGAGGAUUCUUCUUAAGCCCUUCCAUAUAUCCAGCAGCUUUUAAAAUACACAUUCUGAUAUAUAUAUAUACAGUAUAUACAUUUACUUUUUCAGACAAUAAAUACACAUCCUGAGGACCACUAAAGCAACAAAUGAGCCUGGCAGGGAUGGAUUAGGAACUGGAGAUUAAAGGAACAAACAAUGGAUCUUUGCACACAAUGCUCUGAAGUGUCCCGAGCCUCUCAGUAGGCUAAACUUCCUUAAACAGACUCCUUGUAUUCCCACACCCACGGACAGUGACGCUGUAGCGUGAGAGAAGAAGGGGGAGAGCUAGAUGAAGAGGAGGAGAACUCUUUAACAGGAUGCUGCUUAACGGUGACUAUAAAUUACUCACAAGCAGAGCAUGCUAUUCUUGUAAAGGGCAGCACUACUGGGAAGGAUGCACAAGGCUACAGGAAGGAACAAGCAGACUGCUCGCUGUCAGUGGGAAUGAUGGGAGAUGAGUAUGUGUGGUCCCCAGGAGUUCACUACUCAGUAACGGUGGAAAACAGGAAAGCUAUAACAACAUUUAAUUUUUCCAUUUAUCAUGCAAACGGUUGCACACUCUCACACUCACACUCAUCAUUCAUUAAGCUACUUUGUGGUAUUAUUAGCAGAUAUUGCUUCGAGUUGCUCAUUCAAAUGUUAUUUGUUUUGUCUGGCAAAGAAGGAAAAUGUCUCAUGAACAAAAAGAUUCAUCCCUUCAGAUGAAAAAGAGACGUUUUAAUGUAAUCAUGAUCCACAGACCACCACACUUUUGGUUUGGUUAUCCAAAAGUCACAACAGAAUCACGUCCAAUGUCAGCAUAAAGUACACUGGCACAAAAUCAAGUACAGGGUUGUACGUUUUAAAGUGGAUAAGCUACAUUCAACUGUAUUUUCAUAGCAAGUCAAGUCAAGAAAAUGAUAAAUAUGAGGUAAUGCAUUAUUAUCACCAAAAAUGGACAGGAAUGAGCUUUUUUCCUAUCACUGUGAACUUGAGCAGAUAUCAUCAUCAUCAAUUGUGUAUUUUAUGCUUGUAACCAAUGGAAUAUAUAUGUCUCCACUUUUAUAAAGUGUUAUGUUGCAGUACUUUACUCAGACGAUAUUACCUGUGUAAUGAAAUUAGUUUAACAUUGUUGUGGUAAACUCUCCAAAUCAAAAAGGAAUAGGUUGACGUUUUUUUAAUAAAGGGUUAUAUUUACUUUCUAAGAGUGAGAUGAGAAGACCACCCUCCAAUGUCUGUGCAAUAGCUUGGUUGAGCUAUUCUUUAAUUAGCUUAGCUUAGCGUAUUUUAGCGUAAAGACCGUAAAUUAGGUUAAUAGCUUGAUUUGCUCUCUCUAAAGUUAACGAAACACGCCUGCAAGCACCUCUUAAGAUCAAUAAACAACACUGUGUUAUGUUUUCGAUUUCUUUUUAGCCGUUUCCCUGUUUCCAGUCUUUACGCUAAGCUAAGCUAAGCUAUCCGGCUGCGGGCAGUAGGCAAGCUUCAUAUUUAACAAACAGACAUA